GAGCCGAACGGGGCCCGGCCCGGUCCACUGCGCCUUGUGGGGCCUCGCGCGGGGCCGGGGCGCGGUUCUGUCGGCGCGGGGCCCCGCCGGGCCCGGCUCGGCGCCAACGCGCCCUGAGGGGAAGCGGCCCCGGUGGGGGGGGAGGAGGGAGCGGCUCCGCUCUGCGCUGCCCGCGGUCUGUCGCCCUCGCUUUGUGCUCCUAGUCGCAUCUACGGUGGGAGCGCCGACGCGGAGGCGGCGUGUCGGCUCAGGACGCGGUGCCGCUUUUCCCUCCUUGCAGUCGGGCAGUUUGUGUUGCCGCUGCCGACGGGGUGUUGCUGAAAUCCCCCGGAGGAGUUCUUUCGCUUUUAGAGUUAGUAACUCGUAUCGGUUGCAGCGCCCUGCGGGGUCCCUAACACGUCUUUGAGCAAGGUGGCUUUGAGCUGUCCGCGAGUUUUGAAAACACUGGUGAGACCGAAGCGCUUUGGACGAGGCACAUAUGCUGUGAGGACACAGAAAUGUGCAGUGUGCUUGGAUCACACAUGGCAGAAUCUAACUGCGCCACGGCAUUCUUCCUCCUGACCAAAGUUCGUUCCUGAAAGCAGUGUUUUCUGGGGUUUUUCUCAGCCUGCAUACAAGAAAUUGUUGAAAUACCUCAUAAUAAAAUGCUACUUUAAUUAAAGAGACUGGUGACUCAUUUCCAGGAUAUGUUUCCAGUUUCAUUUAAUCUGAGAGGGGUUCUCAGAUUGUGUUUGUGUUAUUGUUCCGAGGCUGCACGACAGACCCUGGGGUUCCUCGUGUCAGUCAGCUCUGCUGCAUCCCAACUCCUGUUACUCAGUGCCAAACCUGUGUGAUAGCUCUGCAGUGCCAGCCCAAUCCGUGUGCCAGUGGUUCGCCCUUGUUGCAUAAUAUUACUUCUGAGAUGUUGCAUUUGCAGACAAAUCCACUCUCCUUUUUUAAUGGCAAGGCUUCUUUACUAUUUAUGCUAUUUAGUGGAGCUAUGUUGACGAUUGGUGCUACUUUCAGUUAAUUCAUGAACCUAAAGGAAUACAGACUUUUGUGAAGGCAGGUGUGAUUGUCUUGCCCAUAAGCUAUGCAGCCGAGUGUUAGCUUUUCUGAUCUGCUCUCUGAUUAUUUUUUUUUCCUCUGGUGUUUACAUAGUCCUACAUAAAAGUGAUAAUUCUGUUUAAGUAAAUGAGUGAGAAUUUGGUUCUGAGCACAGUACAAUCCAGAGAAAAGCUGAAAGUGCCAGAAUUAAAACAGUUUGCUGUUAACUUAUCAGUAUAACUUUCAUUAUCUGUAAGUAUGGGUACUUUAAGCCUGUGGUAUUUAUAUUGAGAUUUGAGCUGUGACAUGUAGAGUCUUUGCCAAAAUGCAUCUGAAGGGGUAUAUGAUUCUGUUAGGAACCACUGCAAAACGUCUUGAAUUUAUCCCACACGGGUCACCAGAACCACUAUUAAAUGGUAUUAUGUAAGAUAGAAUCCUGCUGACCCUCUGAAGAAACACCACCAUAUGGAGAUGAGUGUAGGUUUAGCGCAGGCCUUUCAGUUCCCGCAGGAGUUACAAAACUAUAAUUGAAACAAGAAGUUGUGUUUGAAGAGUUGUUCAGAGUUGAAGUAUUCUGCUCAUCUGAAAAGAAAAAAAAAACAAAACAACCACCUCAGUCCUGUUAACUCUGAUAGUGAUCAAAAUGUAGUUCUUGAUUAAGGAUUUAAACAGCACUAUCUGUUUAAACUCUGUACUUGUAAGAAGUGUGUUGCUGUGGCAGGGGUAAGUGUAGAAAAUUAACUAGAAUUGCUGUUCUAAACUAACUGGAUACUGUGCUGUGUUGAAAUCAGUGGGCUAACAGCAUUUCUGAAGACUGGGCCUGGGGAAGUGUCAUGGGUAUUUUUUUUUUCCCCUACCAUUUCAAAAAAGCCAUGCUGAAAGAGUGAUCUUUUUUGGGACAUAAGUGGAUUAUCAGAGCUGUGAGUCUUGAGCUGACUUCCCAUGAAAUCCUGCUGUGUGUCAUUAAGGCAGGGGAACUUCUUUUCUUGUGUCUUCUAGGAGUUUGUUUGUUCUGGGGUUCUUGGAAACGGUUACAGAUCGUUAUCACACAUUCAGUUCACACUGUUGCAGUUUAUGCUGUUCUGGCACACCUGCGUCUCUUGUAGGAACAUGCCUUGAUAGCAUUGUGUUGGCAGCUGCGUAGUCCUCCUGUCCACAGCUGUUCUGCAGCAGCUCUGGUUUGUGCCUGCUGGCUUUGACAAACGUGGGUGCAGUGGUGAAAGGGGGGUAAGAGCCAGAUGUUGUCUUCUGAGAGUACCAGGCCCAAAGAUGCUGCGGUGUUUUAAAGUCAAACUCAAUCCCUCCACCUGCAGAUUGCUGCUGUACCUGCAGGCGGUGCUGCGUACCCCUCUGAGAGGGCAUUCCCUUUCAGACAGCAUACCACUUGAGUAUAAGAUGGGGUCAGAAAUGUCGUGGCACCUGACUAAUGGCACUGCAGAACCUGUUUAGUUUUGAGAUAUGGAAGCUCUGAUUUUUAGCGGGUUUUAAUGAACUAUAUAGAGAAGUUUGCUUUUGAUAGUGUCACUGUGCCACUGCAGUAUCACAGAAUGAUCUCGGGGGCAGUCAGGCAGCGGAAGGAUUUUUCUGGCAAAAAGAAAUUCUGAUUCUGCAAAUCUUUCUUGGUAAGCACCAGUGCUAUUGGUGAGAAAGCACUGGGGAAAGGAAGGGGUGUGUUAACCUGAGGGUUUGCUGCCCUCGCAGUGCUCGUCUCUGAGGGUCUGCCGAGUAGAAGUCAGCUUCGGCUGAACGCUCCUAUUUGUUGGUAGGAAGUGUCUGAAUAUGUGCAAGUGUUGUGUUGGAAAGGCAGCAGUGUUCGCUGUUGUAGUGCAGUGUUGGCAUAAAGGUGAUUUGUACCGACUUCAGCAGCACAGAGCUGUUGGCUCCGUAGCUCUUCCACCAGGUGGCCCACGCGUGCUUCCAGGGACUCUGUGAGAAGUGAAGCUUCACUGCUGAAUGCGCUUGUGACCUUGUAACUGAAGUUAAACUCUAUGUCUUGAAAAAUACGGGAGCUUGUGUGACGUUUUGUGCUUGUUUGAGAUACGAACACUUCAUAGCGACCAAAGAGCGUGUUGGUUAAUGGCUGAGGCCGAGUGCUGGCGGGGGCUCGUCCUCCAUGCUCAGCCCUGUGCUGCAUGGGUGCUCUGCCUGCGGGGCUCAAGGGGGCCCGAGGGAGGGGUCAGUCUCCACAUGUAAUUCCUGAACUUCACUGUUUCUUUUAGACCAAUGUUUAAAAGCGAAAUUAAGUACAAGGAAAAGGAAUUGUGUUUCUGAAUCAGUUCCUAACUUCAGUGUUUUGGGUUAAGCUCUAGCUGGGCUUGGCAUGGUAUUAAAUCACCUGAAAACAUGUGCAUGGGCAUGUUCUUUUCCCCUCUGAAAUGCAUCAUCCCUAAUCCCUAAGAAGAGUGCUGGAUAAAGGGAGGACUGUGCUCAUUUAUUUCACUGCUGCACUUGACAAAUGCCUUCUGUGCUGCUGUUUCAUAGUGUUACCCCACAGCAUCCCUGUCCAACAGGAACAGUAGAUUUUUCUCUUAUUCCUGUUUCUCUUUUGCUUUUUCUUUCCUUGGAGGAGAGUAAGCUGCUAUUUCUUACUGUGUCUGACCAUGCUCCUUGCCUUCCUGCCCACUGUCAGUGUUUGUGCUGUCCUUGCUGACUUCCUGCUGCUCGUCCUUUGUCUGACUGGACAGGAUUCUGUGUGCAAGCACAAAUGGGGUGUUAUCUUGGUGGAGGAGACUCUGAUGCCAGCAGCAACUUCUGCUCCUCUUUGUGGCUCUGCUGACACGUUGAGGUUCUGCAUUUGCAUGUUUUUCCCCUUCCUGCUUUCUAGUUUCUUUUAAAAUCAGCUUUCAGCUACAUACCACACAGAUUUUGCCAGUUGACCCAGGUGCAGAGAACUUUCUUAACACAUUGGCUUUGUGACAGAAGCAUAGGUUUAAGGAAAGAGAUUAAGAAAUGACCCUAUUGGGAUUUCUUUCUGAACUGUGUACUGUCAGUUUGUGCAGGAAAUAGGCAGCACGGCCUCGCUGUUGUUAGUCACACGAGCUAACUCUUGUUUGGGACUGGAAAGUAAUUGCUGAAUGUGGUGGUGUUUUUGUCAUCCUGGCAGUGGAAAGCAUAGAUAUCAGGCCAAAAACUUAGUACUGUAUUUUUUUUAAGUAGCGUGACUUAGGGUUUUGUUCUAAAUUUUACUACUGAACAUAUUUAAUAGCAAGCAUGAAAUAGAGUGGGUUUAAGUCUUCAGUGCAGUAGGAACGUAGCUAGGUGUCUUUUGUCAAUGCAUGCUUUUAUAUCUGUGUAUUACAUUGAACUUUCACUUGAACGUUGUCAAAAAGAUGGCCUAAAGAUGAUGCAAAGGUUUUCCAGCUCAUGUCUCAGUGCUUUUGAGGUUCAGGAACUGUGCUUGAAUAUUUUUUCAGUGACUGUAGACAGCUGAUGUUAUGUUUGUUUUCAGGCAGACAUUUCAGUCUGGUGCAGAUAGUGCAGAAACAUGUCUAUAGCUUCAUGCUCGAGGUAGGAACUCAGAUGCUAUUUCAGGGUGAACAAAAUGAAGUGAUAGUGAUGGGUAAGAUGUCAGAAAGGUGCUGUGCUUUGUAUUUAUUGAAAUGCCUUUGCCUAGUAGUACUUCUAAUGUACAUACAGAUAUUUCUGGAUAAGGGAUUGUAAUGUCUUUGGAUAUAUGGCAUGGCAGCUCUGACAGUACCAUUUGAAAGCUGGACAAAGCAGCAGAAGGCUGCAGUAUCAGAUGUCACUAGUAGAUUUGGGAAAGAAACUCCUAGAAGCUGCACGAGCGGGACAAGAUGAUGAGGUUCGAAUUCUGAUGGCCAAUGGAGCACCUUUUACCACAGAUUGGUUGGGAACAUCUCCACUUCAUCUGGCAGCACAGUAUGGACACUACUCAACGACAGAGGUGCUGCUGCGUGCCGGUGUAAGUCGGGAUGCCAGAACAAAAGUGGACAGAACGCCGUUACAUAUGGCAGCUUCAGAAGGCCAUGCCAGCAUAGUAGAAGUCUUACUUAAGCAUGGUGCUGAUGUCAAUGCUAAGGACAUGCUCAAGAUGACUGCACUUCACUGGGCUACUGAACAUAACCACCAAGAAGUUGUGGAACUCUUAAUAAAGUAUGGAGCAGAUGUUCAUGCUCAGAGUAAAUUUUGCAAAACUGCAUUGGACAUUGCAAUAGACAAUGGGAAUGAAGACCUUGCAGAAAUAUUACAGAUUGCAAUGCAGAACCAAAUCAAUACGAAUCCGGAGAGUCCAGAUACUGUGACAAUACAUGCAGCAACACCACAGUUCAUCAUUGGACCUGGAGGGGUGGUGAACUUAACAGAUGAGACAGGAGUGUCUGCUGUGCAGUUUGGAAAUUCAUCGACGUCAGUAUUAGCCACAUUAGCAGCUUUAGCAGAAGCAUCAGCCCCACUGUCUAAUUCUUCAGAAACACCAGUUGUGGCAACAGAAGAAGUGGUGACUGCAGAAUCUGUGGAUGGUGCUAUUCAGCAAGUUGUCAGUUCUGGAGGUCAGCAAGUUAUUACUAUAGUUACAGAUGGCAUUCAACUUGGUAAUCUGCAUUCAAUUCCAACCAGUGGAAUAGGGCAACCAAUAAUUGUGACCAUGCCAGAUGGGCAGCAAGUAUUAACAGUUCCAGCAACAGAUAUUGCUGAAGAAACAGUGAUAAGUGAAGAACCACCAGUCAAGAGACAGUGCAUUGAGAUUGUUGAAAAUCGUGUGGAGUCUGCAGAAAUAGAAGAAAGAGAAACUCUCCAGAAGCAGCUGGAUGAGGCAAACAGAGAAGCACAAAAAUACCGUCAGCAGCUUCUGAAGAAAGAGCAAGAAGCAGAGGCCUAUCGGCAGAAGUUAGAGGCAAUGAACCGCCUCCAGACUAAUAAAGAAGCUGUUUAAUAAAAAAAGAACAUACUGCAAAGCCUGUUACUUUCAAAAACCUGCAGUACAAUCUUGAACUGUUCUCUGUAUAGGUGCAGACACAGGAUUACAUGAUAGAGAAGAUGCUACAAGUCGAUAACUGGACUUAAGCCGUGAGCUCUGAUGAAUUUCUUGUAACAUAAAAACUCUGAAUUUAGAAAUUGUGAAAAGUAUUUAAAAUGAAAUACUGUAAAUAGUUGUUUUUUUUACAGUUUCAAAAUAAGUUGAUAAAUCUUUUUGAAGGGAUCCAGAAACACGAAGCCAAUGUUUUUGUGAAAUUUUUGAUUUUAAUAUGAAUCUAACUUCUGAAAAAACAGAACAGUUUUAAGGGUGAUGCUGAUUCAUCUGACAACUUGAAAAUGAAUUAUAUGACAAAAGGAAUUAACAGUUAUUUCUACAUGGUAACAACUUCUCUGAAUAAGACAUUUCCAGGUGGAAAUCUUUGUACAGCUUUAAGUAGUUGUCUCAGAUUCUCUGAAAACCAUUUUUUGGGUUUGUUGUUUUUGUUUUUGUUUUUUUUAGGCGGUGAAAUUUUUAUAUUUAAUUUCAGAUAUAUCCAAGUAGAUUUACAUGUAUAUGAAGCUAAUAUUUUUUAAACUUUUUGGUUUGUACAUAUGCUGCAUGUUUUUAUAAUUUCUACGCAUACAACUUGCAUAGGUAUUUUUCAGCAAAGAGGAGGGCGAAUUAUGAGAGCGAUGUUUAGCCUAUAGGUCAUUGGAAGCAAGCUAGCAGCUGGUUUUAUUGUGGAAGAUAUGUUUCUUGAAGAAUGUAAUUUGUAAUUAAAAAAAACAAAACCAAAAUCUUAAUUUUCAUAAGAGAUGAUUUAAAGUUUGACGGUGGAGGCAUUGCAGCUUCACUUUGUGCAUCUUGCAGUUUUCAGAGACAAACGUUUUAAAGUUCAGAAAUGAAUAGAAAACAAUGUCUCCACUGGAACACAACUAGUUAUUUUAGAGUAUUCUUACUGAUCUGUUUUCCCCAAUAGCCUUGAAAUCAUUUCAGUGAUAUUUUUUUUUCUAAACAGACGUUUGCAUUUUAAUUAUGCAAUUGGUCAAGUAAUUUUUUUAUGUUUUAGUGAUGCUGCUCUUACCCGGCAUCAUUGUUCUUCACUGUGAUACUGUGUUUGUGUGCGUCUGUGCAGUGAUACGUUAUGCUUAGGAUUUAUAUAGCACAUUACAUCUUCAGAGCAUCGCAAAAUCUUUUUAAGAACCCUUACUGUACUGCCUGAGGCAGGUAAGUGAGUGUUAUUAUCUCAGUUUUAUAACUGGUAUAAGCGCGACACAGGGAGUAUUAAACAAUUGGUCUGAGACCACGAGAAUCUGUGGUAGACCUGGCAAGAGAUCUCAGGAGUUCCUGGCUUCUGGUCCUGUGCUUAGACUGAGCUGCCUUAAGAUUGUUCAGUGCUGUGUUACAUUAAAUUUUAAACUACUGUGCAGGUUCCUUUUUUUUUUUUUUUUUUGUAAGAUAAAACUCUGUGCUUUGCUUUGUUGUUCCAUGUUUCACUGCUUUUAUGGAAUUGUUUAUAUGAAGUUAAGCAAAAAGUCUAGUUUACCUAUACUGUAUACAGGAUGAUUACCCUUAAAACUGUACUCUGGUCUACUUUUUCUAUUUUACAAUUAAAUAUCUUUUCCACAUA